AUGAAAUCACAGUGUGGACGGUGUGUUCGAAAUAUGAAAGUACAUUAGUUAAUGAUUGAAGACAUCUUUGACAACUUUAAACCGGAGUUCUUUUUCACUUAUAUGAAGAAGAUUUUCCUGUGGUAAAACGUUUGAAUCCUUAGUAAUGUUAUUUAGACGUUUCUUUCUUGUUAUUUAUUUAUUGUUGGUAUUUCAUUUGAUCUUCGUGUUAUCAUGGAGACGAAGAAGACGACGAAGAAGAAGUCCUCCACCUUCAGUAAAUUGUCAAGUUUCGCCGUGGACGGAAUUUAGUGCUUGCAGUUCAAAAUGUGGCAUUGGAACGAGUACUCGUCGUCGUCACAUCACGACACAUCCUGCUCACGGGGGGUCCCCAUGUCCUUCUUUAGAAGAGUCUCGUCAAUGUGGUUCACCUAACGGGGGAUGUCAAGAUGUUUGUAACUCUGCAGAUGGAUCGUGUUUAUGUGUAACUCGCCCAGGCUAUGAACUUCAAGAUGAUGGCAAAUCAUGUGGUGAUAUAAACGAAUGUAAAAAUGGAAAUGGUGGCUGUAUAAAUUCCAACUGUAAAAACACAGAUGGUAGUUAUUGGUGCGACUGUUUAUCUGGUUAUAAACCAUCAGCAGUAACUCCACACAAGUGUGAAGCUAAAUUAUGUUCACCAUUGAUCCCACCUCCAUGUCCACUUAAUGCAUAUCAUGAUGAGUUUGGAACAGCCUGCAAGCCUGCACGUAUCAGUUGCCCACACGGACAUGAAUAUUUGAAAUUCUGUUCCAUCGACUGUGAUGGCAAUUUCAAACUAGCUGUCAUUGAAUCAACAAACAUCCCUAACGCCUUCGCUAGAAACUUCCUUGGGAUAAAUUUCAACGUACCCAUUGAGAGGGCUCAAUGUAUAUUGGACAGUAACACCGGGAAUGUUGCUUGGGACUGGGAUCCAAUUGCUGUACCUUAUUACUGCAGGAGAGUAAACGAUCCACCUUCAAAUAUUCUUUUCUCGAGCACUUAUAUCAAUGAGAAAAUGAACACUUUUGCCAUUGUCGGCUUUUUCAUUGCAAACGAUUUUCAAAAUGAUCCCUUGACGUUCACAAUAAUGAAUGAAGACGCAAAUUUUUAUUUUCUUGUUCAAGGAAGAGCAUUGUUGGUAAAUAGACGUUUAGUGUGGAAACCCCGGUCAGAUAAUAUUUACACUGUUAAAAUUAAUGUGAGCGACAAUGGUUCACCUGUUAUGUUUACUACAACUAGUUUUAACAUUACUGUGUUGAACGUUAAUGAUUCUCCUUACGACAUAAGACUUUCAAAUAACGACGUUCUUGAAAACGUUAAUAUUGGUUCCGUUGUUGGUAUUCUAACAGCUAGAGACGAUGAUCUUGGUCAAAAACCUACUUCACGUUUUACCUGGGAAUUGGUUGACUCUGGUAAUGGUUACUUCAAGUUGCUAGAUAACAAGAUAGUUGUUGCAAAAUCCCUCGAUUACGAAGCAAAGAAUAAACAUCGUAUAAAGAUAAAAUGUACGGAUCGAAGUCAUCCACCAAAAUCUUCGUCCAUCCAGAGUUUGUUUGUUGUUGUACGAGACAUUAACGAAUUACCCAAGGAUAUAAUUUUGACGGGUAAUCGCAUCCCAGAGAACUGCGUUCUGGGGUCGGUUAUCGGCGACUUCGUUGCGACUGAUGACGAUAAUGACACGUUAAAGUUUUAUUUGAAUCACAGUAGUGUUUUGGUUCGUGAAAAGUUUGCUCUACAAGGUGUUCCAAAUAUUGAAUAUCGUACAAUGAACCAUAAAUCAACUAAUUUUUACUCGAUUCCCCUCGUUGUUAACGGUUCUCUUGAUUAUGAAGAAGAAAACGUGUACAUUAUUUGGUUGGCUGUCGCAGAUCCUGGGAGAAUGGCGCUCAAACAAUUUCGGAUCGAAGUAACCGAUGUAAACGAAGCUCCAACUGAUAUUUUGAUGUCUGAAAAUUUUGUAGCAGAGAAUUCUCCUGCUUCAACAGUGAUUGGAAAGUUUUUGGUAAUAGAUCCAGAUGUAAAAAGUGUGCCACCUCAGAUCCAUCAUUGCUCCCUCGAGAACUCAUUAAAUGGUGACGAAGAUGAGUUUUACAUUACUCACGAAACUGAUCGCAAUUUUCUCCGAGUUAAAUGGAAUGACUAUCUUGAUUUUGAAAAAAAAAAUGUUUACAAUAUCAAUGUCGCUUGUAAAGAUGCUGCUGGCCUCGAUACUUCAAAGUCGUUAAAAUUUUCAUCUCUGAUGUUAACGAAGCUCCAACAUCUCUUUACUUAUCAAAUUCGACCAUUCAAGAAAACUCUCCUAACAUGACGUAUAUUGGUACUUUAACUACUGAAGAUCCCGAUGGCUCAAAUCAGUCCUUUACUUACACUCUUGCUGAUAGUACUGCGUCUUUUGUCAUUAGUGGAACCAAUCGUGAUGAACUAUUUCACUUUGGAUCAGUUAAUUACGAGCUUACACCAAGUUUAGUGGUACCCAUUACUGUUAGAGAUGGCGGUGGAUUGCGUUUUGAAAAGACUUUUACCAUAACUG